GGGGGAAGCGAAGCGCAGGGGCAUUCCCACGUAUAAGUUUAAGCUCGCAAAAUUUGCACGGUUAGCAUGCCCCCCGGCGUAGCAACCUAAUGGAGAACAAACUGGGCCACCCCGUUUGCAAAAAAUUACAAACGCAGGUAAACCGCAUGAUACCCCUUUUGAGUUUUCACCAUUUAGGGAGCCCCCCCUUGACUCGGCUCCCAAGUUGACCUCUCCAAGUUUGCCACUCUAAGUUAACCCCUCCAUGUUUGCUCAAAAUCUGGAGAGCACCAAAGCGCCUUCACAAAGUUAACGAAACAGAAUGAGCAGCAGAAGGAGGGGCUGGGGAGCCCCAUACGAGGACCGGGGCAAAGAACCUCGAGAUAGCUCCUCCAGACAUACCCAAUCGGAUAGCAAACAGGACAGAGGUGAUGCCAAGGAGAGGAGCAGCCCUUCCAGCAUUGACCAUUUUGGAAGGAAAGUAUGGGAUAAGGAAUUUUACAAAAAGAAAGCGGAAGAAAAAACAACAAACGAGGAGGACGAACUGAUUCUGAAAUUACUGCCUGACUUGAAGAAAAAAAAAGUCCCCUCUCCUCCACCUCCAUCUGAGAGGAAGCUCCUAGAGGGAAGGAAAGAAGUCCUUACGCUGGACAAAAACUUGGGGAAGGUUCAAAUAAUAACAGAAAAAACGAUCAAGCAAGAGCAAGGAGGGUACUACUGUAAAGUAUGCGACUGUGUGUUGAAGGACUCGCAAACCUACCUGGACCACAUCAAUGGAAAGAAUCAUAAUCGAAUGCUUGGGUACAGCAUGAAGGUGAAGAGAGUCGCCCUCAGCGAUGUUGUUAACAAAUUGAACGUUUUGCGGGAUGCGAAGAGGAAGAAGGCGCAACAGGAGGGGGAAGUUCCUCUGGAGGUGGAUCCAGAAAAAAGCGUCAAAAAGAGGCUCCUGGAUUUGCAGCAAAUGGAGGACAUAAAAAUUCAACGGCGGAAGGAAAAGAAGCUACUUAAAAAGUUGGAGAAGCAGCGGAGGGCCGAGCAGGAGGGGGCGGCUGCGCAGGAGCAGGACGACCAGCAGGACGCCGAAGACGCGCAGUUGAGGGCGCUGGGGCUGCCCACCUCCUUCGCCUGA